AUGCCCGCCGAAAACCCCCAUCACCCAAAAACCCGCCGGCGCAAACGCAUAAUCGUCGCAAUGACCGGCGCAACAGGCGCCAUCCUGGGCAUAAAAACCCUCAUCGCCCUCCGGCGGCUAAACAUCGAAACGCACCUCGUUAUGUCCAAAUGGGCCGAAGCAACAAUCAAAUACGAAACAGACUACCACCCAUCAAACGUGAAAGUCCUCGCUGACCACGUCCACAACAUCAACGACAUGGCCGCGCCCAUCUCAAGCGGCUCGUUCAAGACAGAUGGCAUGAUUGUUGUGCCGUGUAGUAUGAAGACCCUGGCCGGUGUUCAUUCUGGGUUCUGCGAUGAUCUUAUCUCAAGAACGGCGGAUGUUAUGCUUAAGGAAAGACGGAAGUUGGUACUUGUUGUGCGGGAGACACCGCUUAGUGAGAUUCAUUUGAGGAAUAUGCUGGAGAUUACGAGGGCUGGUGCGGUUAUCUUUCCGCCUGUUCCGGCGUACUAUAUUCGCGCUGCGGGCAUUGAGGAGUUGGUUGAUCAGAGUGUUGGGCGGAUGUUGGAUUUGUUUGAUUUGGAUACUGGGGAUUUUGAGAGGUGGGAGGGGUGGCAGGAGAAGUAG